AUGCCGUCCAAUAACAGCAGUUUUCUAGAUAUUGAUGACGAUCUCGAAGGUGUGGAUGACUUUGACAACGAGCCCAACCCAUUUGAUGAUGCCACCGUCCCAGACAGCCCAAGCAUGAAUGAGCCGACGAUGGGCAAAGGCAAUGCGGUUCAUAGCGCGGUGGACAACAAGGGCGAAUCUGCACCAUUACAGGGUCAAAUGGACCCACCUGCCUAUGAUCAAGUGGUGGGGGAGGAUGCCAGCGGCGGACCUAACGGAUUGAGGCCCGGGUUGAUAAACUACUAUUCUAGAUACUUUCAACUCGAUCCGACACAGUUCAGGAAAAGACUGUCCGCGGUACUUACGUUUAGAAAUGAUCACAAUUCGGAAAAUGCUAACAAUGAAACCGAUUUGUACGGUGCCGUUUGGAUCACUGCCACCGUGGUUAUGAUCAACUUCACCAUGAGCGGGGGGUUGACAUUCAUAAUAAACGAAGUAAUCAGGGGCGUCAGGGGAGACGAACGCUUUGAUAGAGCAAGUCAGUUCAAGAAACUGCUUCAUUCCAUUUGGUUAUUCUACGGGUACACUUUCGGUGUGCCAUUCAUCACAUUGCAGGUUUUGAAAAGAGAUGAGCAUUCGGAGCGCAAUAUGAAUUUCAAGGGCGUCCCCCAGUUGAUUUCCGUUUAUGGAUAUGCCAAUUUGAUUUGGAUACCGAUUUGUGUUAUCCUGAAUAUAUUGGACUUGUUCAAACAUCUGAGGACCGUCCAAGCCAUUCAAUGGGCAAUCGUGGCCCUUGGUUGGGCGCAAUCAUCGUACUUCUUGAAUUCUCAAAUGUCGAACAAUAAUAACGAGACACAAUCGGGCGGGAAGUUAUCUUUAUCUGUCAUCGUUGUCAUUGCCCUGCAUUCUUUAUUCUGUUUAUUAUUCAGGUUCAUAAUAUUUUGA